AUGUCAAUCGCUCUGCAUUAGCGGUUUCUUGUAACCCCAUACUUUCUUUUGGCGCUAAAAUAGCUUUACGAAUUUCCGUAAAUAUUCAUCAGUUCAGUAGUAAGUCUUGGAGCAGAAAGUAUAGAAAUAUAAUUCUCUACCCAAGCUUUGCACGAAUGGAAGACGAUUCGCACUAUUUAACUCAAAAGUUGCAAUAUACGGGCCGUAUUUACGUCUAUGCAGUACUUCAGAAACCGUCAAAGUAAAAUUAGUAGUAUUUUGUUGACCUAGUCCUCCAUCUUGAAAGUUGAUGCGUUGUUUUCACUUGGAUUUGGUUGGAAUUUUACGUCUCUUCGCGGGGCAACAUAGCCACUGCAACCUAGAUGGACAGUACGUCCAUUAUAACACAAGUCAACCGGGAUGAGGAACCGCUGAACACCUUCCCAACUGCAGAUUCUGCACCAACGACAGCGAGGAAACCGAGGAGUCGCAGUUUACUCAGUUCGUUCUUCUGUUGCUUCGGGUCAACGGGUCGAACACCUCCCACAACAGUCCCACCUCCAGAGGAGAAUGGACAGAAGCUGCAUGAACCUGCAUCAAGCUAUGCCCCUAGCUGCCCGACCACGCACAAAUACCUGUUGCCACCGUUACGACCAAGUGACGCCCAUAAAAACUGCAUAGUCAUCGAUCUCGAUGAAACACUUGUACAUAGUUCUUUUAAGCCCAUUAGCAAUGCAGAUUUUAUUGUUCCUGUAGAGAUUGACGGCACGGUCCAUCAGGUGUAUGUUUUAAAGAGACCGCAUGUGGACGAGUUUUUAAAACGAAUGGGCGAGCUCUAUGAGUGUGUUCUGUUUACUGCAAGUUUAGCAAAGUAUGCAGAUCCUGUGGCAGAUCUUUUGGACAAGAGUAGUGUGUUUAGGUCGCGGCUCUUCAGAGAAUCCUGCGUUUUCCACAGGGGCAACUACAUAAAGGAUUUGAGUCGACUGGGCCGAAAAUUAGAACGAAUCAUCAUUAUAGAUAAUUCACCCGCUUCGUACAUCUUCCACCAAGACAACGCGAUUCCUGUGUCAUCGUGGUUUGAUGACAUGAGUGACAAAGAACUCUUGGAUGUCCUUCCCCUCCUAGACCGUCUAGCCAAAGAGGACGACGUCUACAAAAUCCUCCGAAAGGAAAACCACAACCAUAUAGUCGCAUAGCACCCUGUCAGUAGGCUUCAGUCUUUAUUUUCACUUGUUUUUUUUUUUUAAAUAAAGCUCAACAGUAUUUUGUAUUAAUGAUAUGGAUCGAAUAGGCACCUGGGUUAACCUGAACAUUACCAGACAUGAAAUAGUCGUAUUGCUGUGUAUGCUGUUUACGAAUGCAUCUUUGACUCUUUUUUUUUCUCUCGCGUGCAUUGCAUAUAUGCCUUCAUUAUCACUUGUGACACAGAUGAUAGUGUACUUGACUUUUUCAUGGGGCAGUUGAUUUACUUAAAGAAGCGCAUUUUAAAGUAGACUAUUUUUCUCCCCUGCUGGAUUUCCGUGUUGCUGUAGCUAGGAAGUUUGGCCCAGAUCAGUACAUUGGGUCUCCUGCAGUAGCCGAUCAGGAACUGUGAAAUGGGCCUCUCCCUUUUUUUCACUAGAUUCAUUCACGUCCACACCGAGACAGUAGGAUCUAGGCGCCAAGUAGAACAGUUUGAGGACACUAAUAUUUACCUUUUCGGGGCACUGGAACGGGUCACUGGUGGGGCACUGGUGGGUUGGGGCAAGCUUCUGUCAUGCUGGGCAGGCACCUCUCGCUAGUUGACGUACAUGUAACUCAGAGGACCCUAUGAUCAAAUUGUGGGUUUGUGAUUGAACAUAAUGUGCUCCCCCCCCCCGCCCCCCGGAGUAACAUUGAUAUUUUCCACUAGCGGAGAGCUCAUCUUUAGGAUGUGUUAGCAGGUGGUGAUCCAGAUCCUGUAGCACUUUGGGCCGUGUCACAUAAAAUAACUUCACUUUUGUCCUUGAAGGAAAUUCAAGGGGAAAGACGCAAACCCCAAAUACCACGAAAUGCCACAAAGCAAGAACAAAUUUAUUUUUCUUGCAGACUAUUUUUUUUUUUUUUUUUUGCAAAUGUAUUCACCGGUCUUGAAAAAAAAACCCAGCUAAUUUCUGUGGGAUUGUUUCUCCAGGGCACUGCUCAUAACUUUCAGUGUGUGCUCUCCAAUAUCCAUGAUAACUCAAGCAGGAGUUUGAUUAUAAAGGUCUGUUCGUGGUUGAGGAAUCCUCUUGAACAAUGUGAGGCAAGUUUUCAGUGGGAGAGGGGGGUCAUCCACCAAAAAUACUGUAUAAAGUUUUUUAAUUGAAUUAUAUGAAAAGGAUAAAUUUAAUCGGAAUGUAAUGUACUUUGGGAUUGGUAUAUGGUAAUGCAUUUAGCAUAGUGAUGAUAUUACAGUAGAGAAGUACAUACAGGAGAGGACUUGUACUUAAAAAUGGAGUGUGUUUCAAAAUUACGAAUGAAUUUAACCCCAGUUCAGCACACCAGUUUUAAUUUUGUAUGAUUUUUGUAAUGUUUUGUUAGCCCAGAGAAUUGAUACAUACAUGUGUUUACAUUUUGAGGAGAUUUAGAUUUAUAUUUACAUGAACCGUACAAAAUGAAAAGAUGAUCUGUCAUUCAUGUCUGCAGCAAUGAACUGCAGAAGGAUUUUCUUUCUUUUCAUGGGGUGAGAAAAUGUGUGCUAAGACUAGAGUCCAAACUAUUUCAUGGAAAGAAAAAAAUCAAUUGGGCACAGCUCAGGAAGGGACUUUCUGUAAGUGUGAUGUGGUAUUUAUCACUCACCUUACAUUCAUUUACGGCUGAAGACAGCUGUCGGAAAUAUCAAACCAUGAGUUACAAUUUUUUUUAAUGAGGCAUUUUAUGAAACGUGUUCAAUUGUUAUUGGUAUUGUUUUUUUUAACAAUACGUUUUCUGCUGUGGAUUUUGCUCUUGGCGUUGAACUUUGCGAUCAUCUGCAGCUUUCACUUUUGUGAACUUCUCCUUACAAAAGGUAAUCCAGGGCAUGACGAGUCCAUGCUCAUGGAGAUGCGGGUCAGUGCUUGUAUUUGUGUUUUAGACUGAUCAGAGAGUAAAGACGGUCCGAAUUACUCAGCUUUGGCUUGAAAUGAUAUGAGACUCUAUAGGAAGUGACUAUAGCCAGUACCAUUGUAUCGUGUAUAAUUUCAAGCCGCAGCCAAGUAUUUUGGACGUGGCUUAAGGCCGUGUCAAAAACAUUGGCAGCUGUAGACUGAAGUAACGUGUGCCCACGAGGGAGCCACUGGCUAGCGGAGUUCUACAGCCGCUCCCCUGGACGUGUCCAUUACUCCCAGGUCCCAGCCAGUCAAUUUGGACGUACGGCCCAGUAGAAGUCAGAGCUGAGCUCGGUGGGAUUUGGGAGUCUUGGCAUGAGUUAAGUUCGGAAAAAUAACAGCUUUGGUACCAGAUUACCCCCCCAAAAAGCAAGUCUCGUCCAAGUCUCAUCAAGACAAGGUUGCUGGAUGCUUGAUUUUAGUCUAGAAAACACAUUUGCACUUGAUGUAGUUUGUACAUAUGAAAAAAGUAUAUAUACAUAUAUAUGAAUGUAAAUUGGUGUGGCCUGUUCUGCA